AGUUCUCAUAUAUACUUCCUUUUUAUUCUAAAGUUUAGUCGUAAGUCAUGAGUAGCUUUACAGAAGAACAAGAAGCUUUGGUAGUCAAGUCAUGGGACUCAAUGAAGAAGAAUGCUGGUGAAUGGGGUCUCAAAUUCUUUCUCAAGAUAUUUGAGAUUGCACCAUCGGCUAAAAAGCUUUUCUCAUUCCUCAAAGAUUCAAAUGUGCCUUUGGAACAGAAUCCUAAACUCAAGAUCCAUGCUAAAUCUGUCCUCGUCAUGACUUGUGAAGCUGCAGUUCAACUUAGAAAAGCAGGAAAGGUUGUGUUGAGGGAUUCAACUCUCAAAAAAAUAGGUGCUACACACUUGAAAUAUGGUGUGGUUGAUGAACACUUUGAGGUAACCAAGUAUGCCUUGUUGGAAACAAUCAAAGAAGCAAUUCCAGAAAUGUGGAGUGUUGAUAUGAAGAAUGCAUGGGGAGAAGCUUAUGAUCAAUUGGUUAGCGCCAUCAAGACCGAGAUGAAGUAGCCUAAUUCCUCUUGCAAUGCUUGCAGCAAGUUUAAUAUAAAUCUUAUUCUCUUGUAUUAAUUUCCUUCUUUCAGUUUUCUUCAAACCUUUAUAAUAACAAUUCGUGUGUUGUGUCUUAAAAAGAAUCACAAUAAUUAAUACUCUUGACAUUAAUUUUACUAAGUAUACAGUUUUAAUA